GAAAUGAGGCAAUAUUUUUAGUAUUUUAGUGUUCAUUUAGGUCUCGUCGCGAAACGAUUCGCAAAACAGAAAGAAAAUGUGUGGAAAAUUAGCUUUAACUCUCUCCCUGUUGCUUUUUAUCAGCUUCUUUGCAUUUUGUGCAUGCGAUGUCGACAUAACUUCACAACCGGAGAAAGUCUCAAGCACAAAGCGCAUGAGAUUCACAAGACGCAGCACAACACCCACAACAUCAGUUGCCACAUCAACAAUAACUGUUGAUGAUGAAAAAACUAGCUUGUCUUCCGACGAUACUCUAAGUUCCGUUGCGGAAAACUUAAUCAAAUCAACAGAUGAAAGAAAUUCGAAUGAGACCCUUGAGUCGAUUGAAUCAUCGAUUGUGACAGCGUCCCCGCCUGCUCCUUCGAUUUAUGUAGAGAUUUCAACUAAGAAGUCGUUGCGUGUUCGAAACUGUGGAGAGAGAAUUGGCGACGACAUUCCUUUCAUUGCUAUUCUUGUUCAUACAAAUCCUCAUGAAGGAAACACAACAAGAAAACGGAGAACUUUAAGUAAAGGGGUUUUAAUAUCUGAGAGGUUUGUUUUGGCAACCGUGUCUUCAAUUUAUCAUAGCGAGCCAUUUUGGAUCGUUUCAUCAGUUCGUCUUGGUGACUUUGUGACCUGGAACAAGUACGCAAAUCGAGAUAAAAGUGUUUCAAUUGAGAUCGAUGUCGACGAAAUUUUCAUGCAUAAGAAGAAAGAUUUAGGUUUGAUAAAGCUUAAAGAAGUAGUGACAUUCACUGACAUCAUUAGACCGGCAUGUUUGCCGUUAUCAGAUAAUUACAAUUUCAAAGAACUUCAUUCACAUCUUUGUAAACGUUCACAACAUAACAAAGCGCCAGCAGAUGUUUCGUUGGAAUUUGCGGCACCGCUUUCAUCUUUCGACUGCCGACAAUUCUUUUCACGUAAACACAUAGCGAUAUCUAAACAAGAAUUCUGUGUGUGGGAUGAAACUGGUGAUGAUUGUGCGGGUGACAUUGGAAACGCUUUGUUCACAACACACAAUGGUCGUCUGUUUCUUGUUGGGCUUCGUUCUUAUGCAGAAACUAAUGACGAUUAUGUGGAUCCUGACGAAUAUCCUGGGGUUUAUGUAAAGGUUGGAGCUUUCCUUGAUUGGAUUUCCUCGAUAUAUGCAUUUGAGGAUAAAAUAAAGUCUUGAGAUGUCUUAUUUUAUUUGAAAAUUUAAAUAGAAACGUGACAAAAUGGAAUAAAAAAUAAAACAAGUGAAAGGCGUUAUGCU